GCAGCCACAAAGACAAAGGCACGACAAAUGCCAAAUUUUCCUUCUCAUUUAUAAUUUUCAUAUCAACAACAACAAAAUUCUCGUUCUUCCAUAUUUUUUUGCUCCAGGAAUUUAACGAUAUGCAGAAAGAUUUUAACAACAAACCCACCUUAGGACAAAUCCUGGUAGCUUCUUCGAUCGGAUUAAUAAUUACAGCGGCAGUGCAUUAUCGUCUUCGGCAAUUAAAGAAUCAUAAGAUCGUACCACGCCUGAGACUAUCAAACUCGGGCCGUGCUGAAAAGCACGAAAGGUUCUCUCAUUAUGUAGCUAGGCAGAUGGGAUUCAAAGAUAGAAGAGAAUGUCCACAGCUUUGCAAGUUGGCUUCUGAAUAUAUUAGAAGCCCCGAAGGCUGUGAGGAUGAUAUAUAUUCCUUCUUUGCCAGUGAACCAGAUGUGGAUUCCCUAUUCGUCAAGCUUGUGGAGGAGUUUGAGAGAUGCAUUCUUAGUUACUUUGCAUUUCAUUGGAAUCACGCUCAUAUUAUGAUUAGCCAGGUGUUGAGUCAUGAUGCAGAGCCCAAAAAGAAGCUCAAGAACAUCGUCAUGCAAGCAACCAGGGAACAGAGAUUUGAGAGGUUGACAAAAAAUCUGAAGGUGGCUAGGGUGUUCAAUACCUUAGUAGAGGAGUUGAAAGCAAUGGGGAUGGCACCAAAUGAUGAUUCACAAUGCACAGAGGUGAUGGCUCCAGUGGCUCAUGCCGAUAGGAGCCCUGUUCUCUUAUUCAUGGGUGGUGGGAUGGGGGCAGGAAAGAGCACCGUGCUAAAAGACAUUCUCAAAGAACCAUUCUGGGCUGGAGCAGCAGGGAAUGCAGUGGUGAUUGAGGCAGAUGCUUUUAAAGAAUCAGAUGUCAUCUACAAAGCCCUUAGCUCUAGAGGCCAUCACGACAUGCUUCAAACUGCAGAACUGGUUCACCAGUCAUCUGCAGAUGCAGCAUCAUCCCUUCUUGUUACUGCACUGAACGAGGGGCGGGAUGUAAUCAUGGAUGGCACCCUUUCUUGGGUACCAUUUGUUGUCCAGACAAUUACAAUGGCCAGGAAUGUCCAUCGUCGUCGUUACCGCAUGGGAGCUGGAUACAGGGUGGGUGAUGAUGGAACUGUCACAGAAAACUAUUGGGAACGUAUUGAAGAUGAACAACCAGAACAAGAUGGAGGAAGAAAGAGAAGACCUUACAGGAUAGAGCUUGUUGGAGUUGUAUGCGAUGCCUAUCUAGCUGUUAUCAGAGGCAUAAGGAGAGCUAUCAUUUGUAGAAGAGCUGUUCGAGUAAAGUCACAAUUAAGAUCCCAUAAGAGGUUUGCAAAUGCAUUUCUAACAUACUGCCAAUUGGUUGACAAUGCAAGACUGUAUAGCACCAAUGCUCUGGAAGGCCCCCCAAAGAUGAUAGGAUGGAAAGACAGAGACAAAACAUUAUUGGUUGAUCCCGAUGAGAUAGACUGUUUAAAAAGAGUAGGCAGGUUGAAUGAUGAAGCAAACUCCAUCAAUGAACUCUACAAGGCCCCCAACCCAGCUUGCGAAGCUGGUUCAAUUUGGAAGGACAUUGUAUUGUCACCCUCAAGGGCAAACGUUCAACAGGAGCUUAAGUAUUCCAUCCAGAAAGUUGAAAGAUCAUAUAAAAAUGCAGUUUCAAGUUCUUAACCUUCACUCCUCAGAAGAUGGAGGAUGGACAAAGUGUCAGAGUUAUAUCCAUGUUUUCAAUCAAGGAGUGUUUUAUUUAUGUUGUACCAAAAUUGACAGCUUAUAUGUAAAGUCCAUUUGGAAGAAAGCUAGUGAAGAUUACUAGAAUUGAAAUUCCAAUUAUUAUUAACAUGGAAGUUGUUCCAGAUAAUCAAACGCAUAUAUGUAACAUAAUAUUUUGUUUACAUUACAGAAUCCAAAUUAUCAUCACAUUCAAAGUUUUGAAUCCAACAUAUCAUAACUCUUUUUCAUUCAUUAAUAAUAUGCAUUUGUUUGCAUAGUAAGCAUUUACAUAUGCUAAAGCAUGUGCGAGUGAGUUUCAAUUUUCAAACAUAUUAGUUUUCAAAGCCAAUCACACACAAAUUAUCUAUUGUCUAUCAUAUACAUGAAAAUGGAUGCUCAAGGCUCCAAAGCAAUGGCGAUUGUUUAGAAGAGAGUAAGUAACUAGUAUAUCUCAGGAUAAAAA